UCGACUACAGACAGUCAUUGGAUGUUGUUUCCAGAAGGAAAUACGAUGAAAAAUGUGCGUUGAUUGACAAAAUGAAUCCAUAUCAACUUGACAAGACGAAAUGGAGCAAAGACAUUAAUCUUUGGGCAGGUGUGACGUGCGCAGACAUUUUUAUGUAUUUAGUGAACUUCACGAGUGCUUACACUGUAGAAGAGCUGAAAUGCUACAAAGGAUUGGAUGCAUACAAUCAAGUCAUCAGCGGCUGGGUACGAGAUGUAGCUGUGUAUAAAAUCAACGACCUUUGUCUGCACACUGCACGAGUGAUGCAUUCUCAAAGAUUAAGCGACACACCACUGACACCGUGGAUUAUCAUCCAAACAGAUGGAAAGGUCCUUGCAGCACAUUGUAACUGCAUGGCGGGAUUAGGAGAGUCAUGUACCCAUGUUGCAGCACUUCUCUGCAGCAUUGAGGCCACAGUCAUAGUGCGAAAAUCAAAGACAGUUACCUAGAGAAAGCGUACUGGCUUCCAGCAAGUGUAAAAGGGGUAAGUUACAGCACUCUUAAAGAUAUUGACUUUACAUCUGCCAAGACUAAAAAGAAAGCUCUUGAUUGUCAUCUUGCUGGAACACCAGUAACUCCACGUACACAGCAAGAGCUUAGAGUUGCUAGCCCUCCAUCUGAGGAAGAACUGUCAUUAUUUUUACAAAGACUUAGAACAACCGCGGCAAGAUCAGCCAUUCUGAGUGUAAAAGUGCCAUUUCAAAAGGACUUUAUUCCAACUCCUGUAAGUGCUAAUUUUCCCAUGAUACUGUCUGAAUUAUUUAACAAGGAACUAGUUU